AUGAAUCUUACAGAGCAGCAGAAGAAACAGAUCAAUGAUGGCCUUUCACAAGCAAAUAUUAAAGAUUCGAAUACUCGGAAGUCAUUUGAACCUACUCCGGAACAGAAACAACUUAUAAAAGAGAAUAGAGAAAAGGCACUUGAACGUUUAAAACAGCGUCAGAAUAACCUUAGAGAUGCAUCUAAAUCUGAAAGUCCAGCUUUCGAAAAAGAUAAAAGACCUUUAGAUAAAAUACGACCUAGCGUUCGAAGACAAGAUUAUAUUGAAUAUGACUUUUCUACCAUGAAGAAUUCUUAUGGAGGGUUUAUCAACACCGAAGAUACAGCAGAAGGCGAGAAUAACAAGAGGGCGAAAACUUUAGAAGAUUGGCAGGAAGAACAGAAGAACAGGAGGAUGCUUUUUGAAGAAGAAAUGCCUGCUUUUAAUAUAUCUUCUGCACCUAGAUGCACCGAGUGUCAGGUCAAUAUAGAAAUGGACCCGUUAAUGAAGAAAGUCUUCAAGCUUCAGGUUUGCAAAACAUGUGUCAAGAAUCAUCCAGAGAAGUAUUCAUUAUUAACUAAGACCGAAUGCAAAGAAGAUUACUUCUUAACAGAUCCAGAACUUUCUGAUACAACAUUGUUAGACAGAUUAGACAAGCCAAAUCCACAUUCAGGAACAUUUUCUAGAAUGCAAUUAUUCGUUCGUUGCCAAGUUGAAGCAUAUGCUUUCGAGAAAUGGGGUGGAGAGGAAGGUCUAGAUAAAGAAUGGCAGCGCCGUGAAGAAGGACGAACAGCAAGAAGGGAGAAAAAAUAUCAACAGAAGUUAAAAGAGAUGAGACUCAAGACGAGAGCGCAAGAAUAUACCACUAGGCUCAAAGAACUGAAACAUGGUAAAAAGCAUGUUCACGAAUUUAGUGAUGCUAUUGACGGCGGUUUAAAUGAAGAUAAUGUUAAAGUUCAAAAGCGAAGAUGUAUGACUUGCGGUCUUGAAAUCGAAGAAAUAGGACUAUAG